CUUAUCUGCCAACUGCCAUAACAGCCAGCCAGUGUGUAUCAUAUUAUCAUGUCAAUGGUGCUCACAACCACACCAAGCCCACUUCCUCACUUUCAGUCUGCGUUCACAAUCAACAGCAACAACAAUGGCUACACAGCUCAACAUCGCAGCCACAGCCGUCUUCUCCAAUUGCUCAAUGAAUGUACGGACAUGUCUCAGCUCAAACAAAUCCACGCUCACACACUCCGCACUGCCACCUCCACUCACAGUCCACACACCCUCUUUCUCUAUUCCCGAAUUCUCCACUUCUCGUCUCUUUCUGAUUUCGACUACGCUUACCGGGUUUUCGAUCAAGUUCACAACCCCAAUUCGUUCAUGUGGAACACUCUCAUAAGAGCGUGUGCACGAAGCUCUGACCGCAAAGAGGAGGCUAUACAGUUAUACUAUAGAAUGUUAGAACAAGGAAUAGUCAUGCCGGAUAAACAUACGUUUCCCUUUGUUUUUAAAGCUUGCGCGUAUUUGUUUGCGCUUUUUGUAGGGAAACAGGUUCAUGCCCAUGUUUUAAAACUUGGGUAUGAUUCAGAUGUUUAUAUUAAUAACAGUUUGAUUCAUUUGUAUGGAACUUGUGGGUGUUUGGAUGUAGCGGAGAAAGUGUUUGUUAAAAUGCCUGAGAGAAGUGUGGUUUCAUGGAAUGUUAUGAUUGAUGCUUAUGUUCAGUUAGGUGAGUUUGAUACUGCAUUGAAACUGUUUCGUGAGAUGCAGAACAUGUUUGAGCCUGAUGGGUAUACAAUGCAGAGUGUUAUUAGUGCUUGUGCUGGUUUGGGUGCUCUGGCUUUGGGGAUGUGGGCUCAUGCUUGUGCGUUGAGGAAGGGUGGUGCUGACAUGCUUAAUGAUGUUUUGGUGAACAAUUGCUUGGUGGAUAUGUAUUGUAAAUGUGGGUCAUGGGAAAUUGCUCAGCAAGUCUUUGAGAGGAUGCCUAAACACGAUGUGAAUUCUUGGAAUUCAAUGAUUUUAGGGUUAGGCAUGCAUGGGAAGGCUGAGGCGGCAUUGGAGUAUUUUGUUAGAAUGGUGAGGAUGGAGAGGAUUGUCCCGGAUUCUAUUACUUUUGUUGGUGUUUUGAGCGCAUGUAACCAUAGAGGUAUGGUAAGUGAGGGCCGUAAGUAUUUUGAUAUGAUGAUUGCCGAUUAUAAGAUUGAACCACGAUUAGAGCACUAUGGAUGCCUUGUAGAUCUCCUUGCUCGUGCCGGGCUCAUUGAUGAAGCUUUGAACUUGGUCUCAGAUAUGCCCAUGAAACCUGAUGUUAUAAUUUGGAGGAGUCUCCUUGAUGCUUGUUGCAAGAAGAAUGUAGGUGUAGAUCUUAGUGAAGAAAUGGCCACACAGAUCCUUGAGUCAGAAGGAGGUGAUUGCAGUGGUGUUUAUGUGCUUUUGUCUAAAGUUUACGCGUCAGCUAGCCGAUGGGAUGAUGUUGGAAUGGUUAGGAAAUUGAUGACUGAUAAGGGUGUAACAAAAGAGCCUGGUUGUACUUCAAUAGAGAUAGAUGGCAUUUCUCACGAAUUUUUUGCUGGGGACACAUCUCAUCCUCAAACCAAAGAAAUAUAUAAGGUUUUGGAUGUCAUUGAAGAAAGACUAGAAUCAGUAGGACAUGCUCCUGACUUUUCACAAGCACCAAUGGUUGAUGAGCUCAACAAUGAAAAACAACAUGCUCUUAGGCUACAUAGUGAGAGACUUGCAAUUGCUUUUGGGCUCUUAAGCUUGAAACCAGGCAUGCCUAUACGUAUAUUUAAGAAUCUUCGGGUAUGUGAUGACUGCCAUAAGGUUACCAAAUUAAUAUCUAGAAUCUAUAAUGUCGAGAUUAUUGUGAGAGAUCGUGCUCGAUUCCAUCAUUUUAAAGAUGGCAUCUGUUCUUGCAUGGAUUACUGGUGAUGAUAUUCUGUUGUAUGAAGAGUCAUUAGAUGUAGAUUAGGAUAAAGUACAUUAAAGACUUGUAUGCACAAAUUGCCUGCCACAUCCAUGUUAUGGUGAAUAAUUUAAUACCUUUUAUAAAA